AUGAAUCUCCAGGGGUCCCUGGCCUGCCUCCUGCUGGCCCUGUAUCUGGGCAGCGGGAAGGCUGGCCCACUGCAGGGUGGAGUGGAGAGUCUUGGAACAAAUGUUGGAGAAGCCAUUGGACGUGGAGUGGGAGAUGCCAUUAGCCAGGGAGUUGGGCAGGCCAUUGGCAAAGAGACUGGAGGAGCAGCUGGUUCUGGAGUCAGUGGGGCCCUUGGCCAAGGGACCAGGGAAGCAGCUGCCUCUGGAGCCAGGGAAGCCACGGGCCCUGGUCUGGGGGAUGCUUUGAACCAUAGACUCGGGGAGGCAGCCCAUGCUCUUGAGAACACUGGGAGUGAGGCUGGCAGACAGGCUGGGACUAUCAUUCGACAAGGAGCAGAUGCUGUCCACAAUGGCUGGCAGGGGAUGCCUGGCAACAACGGUGCUUGGCCUCCGUCUGAAGGCCAUGGCAUCUUUGGCUCUCAAGGUGGCUUUGGAGGCCACAGCCAGGGCAAUCCUGGAGGUCCAGGGACUCCCUGGGGCCAUGGACACCCUGGAGGCUCAGCAGGCAGCUUUGGAACCCACUCUCAGGGAGGCCCCUGGGAUCAAGCAGGCAAUGGAGGGUCAUCGAACUUUAGAACCAACGCGCAGGGAGCUGUGGCCCAACCUGGUUAUGAUUCAGUGAGAGCCAACAACCAAAAUUCAGGGUGCACCAAUCCUCCACCAACUGGCUCAGGAGGAAGCUCUGGCAACUCUGGGGGAAGCAGCAGCUCACAGUCAGGUGGCAGCAGUAGUGGCGGCAGCAGCAAUGGAGGUGGCGGGAGCAGCAGUGGAGGUGGCAGCAAUGGAGAUGGCGGGAGCAGCCACGGAGGUGGCAGCAGCAACGGAAGCAGUGGCAACGGCGGUGGCAGCACUGGUGACAGCAGCGGUGGCAACAGCGGCAGCAAUUCUUGGUCCAGCUGGGGCUCGAGAGGAGGACAGGGAGGCCCCAGUGGCUCCGGUGACAUCAGGGGAAUAAGCAAAGAAAGCGAUCGUGUCCUUGGAGGCUCCCAAGGCAAUUAUCAGGGGCAGGGGUCCAGUGGGGACAGUAGAAGAGAUGGAACUGUCGGUGGAGUCAAUACUGUGAACUCUCAAGCGUCAUCUGGGGUCUUCAACUUCGACACUUUCUGGAAGAAUUUUAAAUCCAAGCUGGGUUUCAUUAACUGGGAUGCCAUAAACAAGAACCAAGUCCCGCCCCCCAGCACCCGAGCCCUCCUCUACUUCAGACGACUCUGGGAGGAUUUCAAACAUAACACUCCUUUCUUCAACUGGAAAGCAAUUACUGAGGGUGCAGAUGCCUCAUCACUACAGAAGAGGGCAGGUGGUGCCGAUCAGUUUUCUCAGCCUGGCGCAGGGUGGCAAGAGGUGGCAGCUGUAACUUCCAAGAACUACAAUUAUAACCAGCAGGCAUAUCCUACUGCCUACAUUGGGCAGUACUCAGCCAAGACCCCUGCUAAGGGAGGAGUCACGUCUUCAUCCUCUGCUUCCCGGAUGCAACCUGGUCUGCUGCGAUGGUUGAAGUUUUGGUAGAAAACUGCUUCCAGUCACUACUGAGCCCUCAGAAACACCCAUCAUCAUGGAGCCUGAUUAUACUCCUCCCCCCAACCCUCCCAACCUGUGCCAAUCCUGGUCUGGGUGCUGAGACCUCCGGUUUCUAGGUUGAGGACCUGGUUUGUCUGUCCCUUGCUUGCUCCCGCCCUGUGGUGGUGUUCCUGUGACCUCCCGCCUCAUUGGACGAACCAGCCCCUUUCUUUACCUGCUGUGUUUUGUGACCUAAAGUCACUGUGACCGUUUUUCAGGAGGAGUUUCCUACUUUUGAGUUCCCUGUGGAAAUAAAACUUGUGUUUUAUGCA